AUGGUAAACAAGGUUUUGCUCCCUCGUACUGAAAGAAGGUCAAUUACAUAUCGAGCAGACCUGCCUGGCAUUAUGAUAGAACAUAUGCAAAAGGUGGCAGAGUUUAAGGAUGGUAAUCAUGGUCUGCCUUAUGGGUUCCUUCUCACCAAGGUGUUUGAGUUCUUCAAAGUCCCUUUGAGAAAAUCUAAGGUGGGUACUCGUAAGCAAACCUUCUCCAAGACCACUCUGGAGGAGUGUGAGUGUAUUGAUAAAGUUGGAGGGGUUGGCAGCACUUCUACUAUCUCCCAGUUGAUCAAUGCCCAAAACAGCGCCACUGAUGAAAUCAGGAAGCUGAAGGCAAGGAAUGCCAUUCUUGAGGGUCAGCUAAAUCAGCUUCAGGAGGCACCUGGCUCUAGUAGCUCUCAAAGCACAAAGGUUGCCCGUCAGACCAAGGAGAAUGUCGAUCUCAAGAAACAGGUUGAGGACCUGAAGGAGAAAAUGCUCAAUGAGCAGAUGUCCACAAACUCCUCAAAACCCUUGCCUCUUCCUCUAAGCCUUCCCCUUCCAGUGCUCCCUAGAGAGUGUGCCCUUUCCAGGGAUGGUAAAUUCUGUGGUGGUCUUGACAUCAACCUAGUUCAGAAUGUUCAAAAGAACGGGGAUAUCUCACUUCUACCGGAUGCAUCAGUUGAUCUUGUGAUUGACAUAAUAGAAAAUGGGAAGAAGCCUUCUGUUGCUGCUAUUCAAGGAUUUGCCCUUGGUGGUGGCUUGGAGUUGGCCAUGGGGUGCAGUGCUAGAAUUGCAACGCCGAGGGCUGAGCUUGGUCUACCUGAACUUAAGCUUGGAAUUAUUCCUGGUUGUGGAGGCACUCAGCGUCUUCCAAGGCUUGUUGGGACAUCAAAGGCCGUUGAUAUGUUGAUGUCAUCCAAGAUCAUUACCUCUGAAGAAGGGAAGGACUUGGGACUUAUCAAUGAUGCUGUAUCUUCCGAAGACCUCUUAACAGUUUCUCGUCUCUGGGCAUUAGAUAUUGCAGAAGGACGGCAAACCCGUCUUAAUACACUUCAAAGGACAGAUAAAAUUGAACCUAUACGCGAGUCAUCUGCUAUCCUGGAAACUGCUAGGCAAAAGAUUUUGAAGACAUCUCCAAGUAUGCCUCAUUAUAAAGCCUGCCUCGAUGUGAUUGAAGAGGGCAUCAUUUCUGGAGGUUAUGCUGGAGUUUUGAAGGAGGACAAGGUUUUAAGAGAAUUAGUCCUCUCAAAAUCUGCUAGAGCUCUGCUUCAUGUAUAUUUUGCUGAACGAGCAACAUCAAAGGUACCAUGCAUUACUGAUUGUCAGCUUAAACACCAGAAGAUAGAGAAGGUUGCUGUUAUAGGUGGUGGUUUAAUGGGCUCUGGUAUUGCCACAGCUCUUAUACUCAGUUCUGUACAAGUCAUUCUGAAAGAAAUUGAUUAUGACUGUCUGCAAAAGUCACUUAAAUCAAUAGAAG